AUGUCACAUAGUGAACCUUGUCGUCCUCUCCUUCCAUCCAACCACACUCAAUUACUAGAUUGGGACUUGCAAUGGCCCUUCUACGGCGAAGGUCUACCGGAUGUCAACCUUGGGUGGACUUUGGAUUUCUUAUCCAACAACGCAUCUACGCAUAGUCCUUUGGACUUCAUGCAUGACCACGAGGAACUGAGCGCUUCGAUACAGCUGGAACACCCAGAUCUCAGCCAUGGUCGACAUGAGGAUCACUUUAACACUGCCUCUAAUGAUUUACAAAGUGAUGGACCUCAGGAAUGGCAGGCCCGAAUAAAGCCAUGCGAAACUUCAAGAGCAGCCGCUUAUGUUGAUAUUGAUGAAAUCGACAACCCAGUCAUUGGAAAAUCAGGGCGACUGGAUAUGAGUAUUCCGCUCUCGAAAGAAAGUCAUACGGCGAUGGUGGAUACCGUUACCGCGCUUCUUCUCGAGGGCUUCUGCAGCGAGAAGGGGAAAUGUGCUCAGUCAUUCCCCCCCUUACCCAUAGUUUCCUACUUCCUUCGGCUAUUUUUCGUUCACGUCCAACCUCGAUUUCCUGUGCUGCACAUCCCUACAUUCAACCCCAACAAUUCUUCACCGAACCUAUUGCUUGCCAUGGCGAUCAUGGGGUCCAGCUUCUCGGACUCAAAUCAAGGAAGGUUCACACUGACAUACCUCGAAGAGCCAGAAUUUGUGAUCGAAGCUAACAUUAUUCCUUUACAGUUGUGUUCGGCUGAGAACCUUCUGGCAUUCUUUUUAGUCUCUUUGUCUGCGAUGUGGGUGGGGCAAAAGGCAGCAUAUGAGCGUGCUGAGUGUGAUCGUGGCGAGUUGGCUGUUUACUGCCGACGAGGCCAGCUAUUGGAUUGCCGAAUGAAACCAACCCUCUCCACUCAACCAUCAUCGAGGCAAAAUCGGAAUCGAUUUGAUGAGGCAUGGACAAAAUGGAUCAUAAUUGAGCAAAAGAAACGUCUAGGGCUGUGCAUAUAUCUGCUGGACUGUCAAAUGGCAGCUGUUUUUCAACGUCAGCCAUACAUUAGCAAGGCUGAGACUGUGAAUGCCGCAUUGCCAUGUUCGGAAAUAUUUUGGAACGCACCAACUGCCUGGGCCUGGAAAGCUGUACUUGGACCAGCCGAGAUCCCGCCAAGCACGUUUUUCCUAACAACAUUGACGACAAUUCUCUUACACAAUGAGAUUCCGGGAGUCUUACCAUUCCCAGCAUUGGACGACUUUUGUAAGACUCUCUAUGCCUACGUCCUGCAUACACAUGUCUUCGAGUGGCGGCAGACCAUCUGCAUGCUUAAUCCAACAGGACUAAUUACGUCCCCUAUCUCAUUCGCACCAGAGAAUAUCGGGGCUUCACUACAGGAGCGUCGAAACUGGCUGCAGGCCUGUCUAAGAAAUUGGGCCACUUUCUAUGGAGAUGGCGGACCAGCUGAUGAGACCGAUCUCAGCUCAAAAAAUUCGCCGGGAAUUCUUCUCUAUCAUCUGGCGAAUUUGGCCCUUCAUCUGAAUUUUUCAGACCUGCAUAUUGUCGCUGGUAGAUCUGGCUCAGAUGCCGAUAUUGGUCUGGCUGUGCAAUCAUUGCGCAAUUGGCUCCAGGGGGAGAGAGCUCAAAAAAUAUUUGCCUGCAACAGUCAAAUGUUGAAUGCAGCGCACGAAGCAAUUGCAGCUGGUGAUAUGCAGCGGAGUGGGUUCGAAUUAGCGAUCUCUUUGUUUAUGGGUGGUCUCACCAGCUGGGCUAUAUCUCGAUUCGGAAGUAACGAUUCGAUUGCCGCCCACCUGAACGCUUCUAGAACUUCAGAGCUCCCUCGAGCAGGACUGGACGGUGUGGACAGUCACACUCAGUUGAGUGCCGAAGAAUCCCCGCAAGCAGCAAACUUGCUCCUCGACCAAGUUGCAGGCGCGCGCGAUGGUCUACGUGCUGUCAGAUGUGUUCGACUGGCAAUUUCUUUUGGAGAGAUUCUCGAGCGGCUUCUUACUGAGUCAAUUGAUUAG